GUGAAUAUGAAGCAUUUAAAGGUUAUGGUGGCCCAUUACUGAUGUGAAAAAUUUAUCCUCUCUCCCAACUCUAUAAAUCAAUCUAACCGCUUCUGCAUGGCUAUGAAUAACUUGUAAUUCUUCUUUCAGCAUCUUUUUUGUUUCACAAGCAUGAGGUCACAAACUUUUUUAGAUAUGCUUUACAUCUUUUUAAUAACUAAAUGUUUUUCCUUUAGCUAGGUUUCUUUUUUAGAUAUGCUAUAGUAUACAUACAUGUGAAAGAAAGAAAAGAAGUGAAAAAAGAAUAAAGAGAGAGUGUUCAUAAUUAGUUAAUUAUGUGGAGGCUUAGGGUUGCAGAGGGAGGCAAUGACCCUUACAUUUAUAGCACAAACAAUUUUCUUGGAAGGGAAGUAUGGGAAUUUGAUGCUGAUGCUGGCAGUACUGAAGAGCGAGAAGAGGUCGAAAAAGCUCGACAAAAUUACUGGAACAAUCGGUUUCAGGUCAAACCAAGCUCUGACCUUCUUUGGCAAUUCCAGUUUCUAAGGGAGAAAAAGUUUAAACAGGAACUUCCUCAAGUGAAGAUUAAAGAUAAUGAGGAAAUUACAUAUGAAAAAGCCACAGCUGCAUUAAGGAGAAGCGUCCACUUGUUUUCAGCUUUGCAGGCGAGCGAUGGCCAUUGGCCAGCAGAAAAUUCAGGCCCAUUGUUCUUUGCGCCUCCUUUGGUUUUUUCUCUCUACAUUACAGGAUACCUUAACUCUGUGUUUUCUGCAGAGCAUCGUAAAGAAAUCCUGCGUUAUAUUUACUGUCAUCAGAAUGAAGAUGGCGGAUGGGGAUUACACAUUGAAGGACACAGCACUAUGUUUUGUACUGUGCUUAACUAUAUAUGUAUGCGUAUACUCGGCGAAGGACGCGACGGUGGCAGAGAAAAUGCCUGUGAAAGAGGGCGAAAGUGGAUUCUUGAUCAUGGUGGCGCAACCGCCAUAAGUUCUUGGGGAAAGACAUGGCUUUCGAUACUCGGUGUAUAUGAAUGGGAUGGAUGCAACCCUAUGCCACCAGAAUUUUGGGUUUUUCCAACUAUUAUUCCAUUGCAUCCAGCAAAAAUGAUGAGCUACUGUCGAAUCACUUACAUGGCUAUGUCGUACUUGUAUGGAAAGAGAUUUGUUGGUCCAAUCACACUUCUCAUUUUACAAAUUAGGGAGGAAAUAUACAACGAACCUUACCACAAAAUCAAUUGGAAGAGUGUGCGUCAUUUAUGUGCAAAGGAGGACAAUUUACCACAUCCAAUGAUGCAAAAAAUUGUUGUGGGAUUUUGCUAAAAUUUUUUUAUAAACAAAACAAUGGCGGGAGCCUCUUUUAGCUGUUGGCCUUUAAACAAAUUACGAGAAAAGGCUCUGAAAACAACAAUGGAUCACAUUCAUUAUGAAGAUGAAAAUAGUCAAUACAUUACCAAUUGGAUGUGUGGAAAACCCCUGAAUACGCUUGCUUGCUGGGUUGAUGACCCCAAUGGGGAUGCCUUUAAGAAGCAUCUUGCUAGGAUUGCAGAUUACAUUUGGGUUGCAGAAGAUGGAAUGAAGAUACAAUCAAAUAUGGCUGGCAGUCAAAUAUGGGAUGCAAGUCUUUGCCUUAAAGCUUUGAUCGCUAGCGACCUGUGUGAUGAAAUAGGACCCACACUUAAAGAAGGACACAACUUUUUGAAGAAUUCUCAGAUAACUGAAAACCCAUCUGGAGAUUUCAAAAGGAUGUUUCGUCAUAUCUCCAAAGGAGCAUGGGCUUUCUCUGAUAAAGAUCAUGGCUGGCAAGUUUCGGAUUGCACUGCAGAAAGUUUAAAGUGUUGCCUUCUUUUCUCAAUGAUGCCUCCUGAAAUUGUUGGUGAGAAAAUGGUACCUGAGAAGUUGUAUGACUCUGACUCUGUCCAAUUGGUCAUUACUUCUCUCUUCAGUAAAAAUGGAGGUUUUCCAGCUUGGGAACCAGCAGGAGCAGUAUCAUGGUUGGAGUUGCUCAACCCUGUGGAGUUUCUCGAAGACAUUGUAAUUGAGCAUGAGUAUGUUGAAUGCACUUCUUCAGCACUCCAAGGUUUGCUUCUAUUUAAGAAGCUAUAUCCUGAGCAUAGGAAGGAGGAGGUCGAAAAUUCCAUCUUAAACGCUGUACAGUACAUUGAGAGCAUACAAAAGCCUGAUGGUUCAUGGUAUGGAAAUUGGGGGGUAUGCUUCACCUAUGGUACAUGGUUUGCACUUCGAGGUUUAGCUGCUGCCGGUAAGACUUAUGACAAUUCUGUUGCUAUUCAAAGAGGUGUUGAUUUUCUUCUUAAAAUGCAAUGUGAUGAUGGUGGAUGGGGAGAGAGUUAUCUUUCUUGCUCUAUGAAAGUAUAUGUUCCACUUGAGGGUAAAAGAUCAAAUCUGGUGCAAACUGCAAUGGCUAUGAUGGCUUUAAUCUACGGAGGACAAGCCAAGAGAGAUCCUACUCCCAUUCAUCGUGCUGCAAAAUUGCUAAUUAAUUCUCAGACAGAACUUGGUGAUUUUCCUCAACAGGAAAUCGGAUGUUCGUUCUUCAAGAAUUGCGUGUUACACUAUGCAUUGUCGAGGACUACUUUUCCGAUGUGGGCUUUAGCAGAAUACCGCCGGCAUGUUGCAUUGCCUUCCAAAAACAAUUAAUUUAUAUCUAUUAGGAAGCUCAGAUUCUCCCCCGACGAAUAUAUUUUUCUCCUAAGACUUGAGGUGGUAAAAAAAAAAAAUCAAAUUUCGAUUUAAAGUUUUUAAUUACUUUUAUAUAAACAAACAAAAGCAAAAUUAGAAACGAAAAUCUUUUCUUACCCAUCAUAUUUGAAGGCCACUGAAUUCAAGUUCGAUCAUGCAAUAAAUUAUGCAAGCAGGGGUGGAGUUAAGAAACUUUGAAGGAUCAUAAUAAAGUAGAGACUCGAGUGAGGAAGAAAAGUAAAGUGAGCAUUACGUGUGAAGGAAAGUAACUUGAAGUUAUUUUGUAAAAUUGUUGUUCAAUCCUUGUAAACUUAUAAUUUAGCACUCCUUUUUAAAAAUUUGUUUUCAA